AUGGCUAUGACAACAGAGGAUUUGAUGCAGCAAUCCUUCACCGUUCCGACGGCUCAACAAUAUGAGAACUUUGUCCAAGCUCAUGGUAUACCUUCUGCCAGGAAAGACAUGCCCGAAGGUGGCUCUGCCUUAUGGUUUGGCUCUCCGUCAGCCAAAAGAGUGAUAGCACACGUUCACGGGGGCGGGCUAGUCAUGUACGCCACUCCUUUCCACAUAGGCUUGGCUUAUAACGUGUACAAAGCGGCCAUCUCGAAAGAUGAAGACGUCGCCGUGGUUGUGCUAAGCUAUGAUACAUGCCCUGCUGGUGUCUAUCCAGUGCAGCUUCGCCAGUUGGUCGAGUCCAUUGUGUAUCUCAUGCACGGGCGAGACGUAAAAGAUAUCGAUUUGUAUGGCGACAGUGUCGGCGGAAUUCUUAUUCUCGCCAUCUUGCAUCACAUCACGCACCCACAUCCCAAGGUGCCUCUGCUCUCAUUCCCAUCGGGGUACCGUUUCGGUCGAAUUUUGUUAGUCUCACCGGCUGUGCCCAUUGUUACGCCGGCGCUACAGAGGAGUAAAAAUAUCGGUCUAGAUUUAGUUGGAGUGGACGAUAUUGCUCAGAUGUGGAACAUCAUAGAGAGUAACCAUGAUCCUGAAGUUGAUCCGAUUAACCCCUGGUUCACACCGAUAUCUGAAAUGCGCGAAGAAUGGUAUGAAACACUACCAGCCGGGGCUAUUACAAUCAUUUCCGGCGCUUUUGAGUUAUUUGAAGAAGAUAUUAUCAAGCUAUCUCAAGUAAUCAAGGAUAAACACCAAAACCAAGUGGAUGAUUAUGUGGAUGAAAAUGCGACUCACAUUGCGUUUGUCAAAGAAGGUUUGACGAAUAGCCCACCGUCGGAGUACACUCGCCGCGUUAUAGAAUGGGCGAAGGCUUAA